AGAUCUCGACAGAAAGAUCAUGCGAGAUCCGGAUAAGGUGAAAAGUGGGCCGAUCUGUGACACGGUUGCCGUCAUUGUGCUGGAGGAGAGCGACGACGAAAAUGCCCUACCCGAUGUCCUCCAUGAAGUUCAAUCACCUCACACGUCCGACAAUAUUCCCACUUCAUCUAUCAAAAAAUUUGCACGACCUCGUGGAUGGUACAAUCAGUCGGUAUCAUCUCCCUCCGAGUUCUUUUAUCAGAUUUUGACGACGGAGAGGGGAACACGAAGAAUUGCCUACGUACUAUCCACAUGGGAAGAAGAUGAGAAAACAUUGAACUUCAAGGCAGUGUCAAUAGUUUUAAUUAGCCAAAACUUUCAUCCAAAAGCAUUCAAAGAAAUUCUGCUUGAGAUUUCAAAUGACCUGCGUACUCCAGAAUUUUCAUCUUCCUCUGAGCUUAUUCGAUUUCUCACAUACGAAUUGGUUGAAGAAGGGUCAACAAUAGAAAUUCGAACGAAAACGUUACAUGUAGAAUUGGGAUUUGAGUUGAUUCCAAUAUCACCGGUCACCGGAAAAGACGUUGCCAUGCUUUUUAAAAUGCUCGGGUUUCAAAACGUCAUAAAAAUUAUUCAUGCACUUCUAUCUGACUGUCGAAUUGUAUUAGCAAGCUCAUCUUUAAUGCGGUUAUCAAGAUGCCAAAACGCAAUAUUAUCACUUCUUUAUCCCUUUGAAUAUGUCCAUUCAUGCGUCACAAUUCUACCCGAUUCGCUGGCCGAAGUUUUAGAAUCGCCGACGCCGUUUUUGAUAGGAGUUCUGAGCGAAUUCGUCACGUCAUUCGGCGACGAAAACAUUGUCGUUUACUUGGACAAUGGGGAAGUACAUGUUCCAGAUCAUGCAGAAAUCUACAAGUCGGACGAUUACUACUACAAUUCGCUACAUCAACGUCUUCGGGAUGUGAUGUUCACGACGACAAGUCAGGAGGAUUUGUCAAUUCCGAAUGAAGAGAGAAUUGAAGUCGAUGAUUUUAUACUGGACAAGAAACUGAGAGCAUGUUUUAUCUACUACUUUGCCGAACUCCUCUACGGCUACCAAUACUACAUUUUAUACACUCGAAUAAAGGGAAACUUUGAGAAGAAGCUUACAACUUCACUUACUUUUCACGUUGGUGCAUUCCGCGGAUUCCGAAAGCUGACAGACAUGAUGUCGAGUUCACUCUUGAAAAGCGUUUACUUUCAAACUUUUAUAUUGACAAGAGCACUGCCAAGACGGAAACAUGACUUAUUUGAUGAAAUUUCAUGUUUCAAAGAAUUGGAUCAACUGAUUUUCAAACAAAAUUCAACAAGCUCGGAAAGCAAAAAAAUCAUUGAACACAUCUCCUGUGAGCUGAUACAAAAAGAAAGGUACAUGGAGAAAUGCUCUGCGCGGAAGCAGGAAAUCUUCACUAAAAUCCAUUGGAUCUCGGGGAAAGAGCUUGCUCAGAACAACAACAGCAUUAUUCAUACUGUAAAACCGAAAAUGCGAAGCAACGUCAUUCUUCAAGCAAUGCUUCCAGUUGUGAACACCCAUGCAGAAUAUCACGCAAAUCAAUUUGAAGCUUAUGCACAUAGGAUUGAAGCCCUGAGAAAUUGUUUGGCAGCAAUUUUCGAAGGCAAAGUGGCAUUUGCUAGCAAAUCAUUGGAUGCCGUGAAAUCGUCAAUGCGUUUUGCACCUCUUCGGAUAGAAUUAUGCCGUCUUCUCAAUCAGAAGUGUUCCCAUGACAAGUUGACUGAUAAACAGUUUGAAGAUAUUGCUCUUCUUAUGAAUGCAGCACUUCAAGCAGAAUGCGAAGAAGACAAAGAUGGUGUUGUCAGAAGUUUGAUGUAUCUCUCGAAUGUUUAUAGCAGGAAAGUUGCUCAAGGUAUGCAGCAGUAUAUGUACACGGCUGUGCAAGAGCAUAAAGUUUGGAAAAACCAACGUUUUUGGACAUCUUGUUUCUACUAUGAAGUUCAUGAAAUGUUAUUCUCGGAGAUGUUGCAGAAAGAUCGAAAAAUAACUGAAAGCCUGUGGUGCCAUACACUUCGUCCGUGUGCAAUGGAGAUGAUUAACACCGAUGACACUGAUCAGGAAGAGCUUGUAAAACAAGAAAAUGAGAUGAUUCAAGCUCAAGCGAAACACUUUGCGAAUAUUCUUAUCAGUUUGCAAAUCCCCUUGUCUGAAGAGUUUUUCGAACACGAAGAUGCUCAUCGAUCUGUGCUCAAUGAAAAGUGUAAAUGGAUUGUCAAUACUUUGGAUUCAAUUUUAGGAGUCACCGGAAGAAUAAAUGGGUUGUCACUGUCAAGAAUACAAACAUAUGUGGAAGCUCACGUAGAGAGUUUACGUGAUGUUUAUGUCGAGAUGUCAACAGGAGAGCAUUUGAAGAAGGGCAACUUUGAUCCUGUACUUGCACAUGGAGAAUUCCUGAUCUCCGAUCCAAUUGAUUGCUAUCUACUGACAAGCAUCGAAGAGUCGGAAAUGUCUCUGAAUCGUCUGGAAAAUCUUCUCCCAGCUGAUGGAUCCCUCUUCUUGACUAACUAUCGUGUCAUUUUCAAAGGCAAAUCGGUGGAUAUUAAUGCAACAAACGGAACAAUCGUUCAAACUAUACCAUUAUACUCCAUGGAAUCGUUCAAGAAGCUGACGAAUAAGAAGUUGAUUCCUACACAACUCAUUGAAAAGGGUGUGAAAAUUGAGCACAUUAUAUCAAUUCGGUCAUCAUGUGCUUCUUCAAUUAUUAUUGCAUUCGACGAAGACGAGAUCAACAAUAUGGCGAUUGAAAAGUUCUUAGAAGUCAUUGAAACCAAUUCGCACAACAGUUUUGCAUUCUAUAACACCAGAAAAGACAUGAAAGUGGUUGAAAAUGGUAGUCACAAGUUUGGAACUUUGAAUUCUGCAAUUAGAGGUUUUACAAAAAAGAAGACAGAUACUCGUCGGAUACGAAGCCAUUCUUCCCAUCGUGGAUCUAUACAACUGUCGUUUGAUAAAAUGGAAGAGCUUGAUUAUUUGAAGAAAAAUGCUCAUAUACGAUAUGCAGUUAUUGAUUACCCACGAAUUGGACUGAAUUCAAAAAUUGUAAAGUUGAGGAUGUCACAUUCGAAUUUGGACUACACAAUUUGCCCGUCAUACCCUGGCAAUUUUAUCGUGCCGAGUGAAACCAAUGAGUCUGAACUUGCAAAAGUGGCAAAAGGAUUUGUGGAGCAUAGGCUGCCUGUUGUUGUUUGGAUGAAUGAGAACGGAGCGCUUUUGGUCAGAGCCAGUGCAUUCACCUCUAUUGAUAUGGUCAAGAAGCUGAAAAAAGUUGUAAACUAUAGGCGGAAUGCCUCAAAACUUACUGGAAGCAUGACUGGAAGCCAACAAACUCUGCAUUCAAAAGCUAGUAGCAACGAGGAGAGCUCAUCAAAUAUUGUUGCAGGCGCCGAGAUUAAAAGUGCAGAAGUUCAGAUGAAUUAUAUUGCGAAGCUAUCAAACUCUUCACAGCGAGCUGUAUCAUACGCUUUGCCAACUCAAUAUGCCGAUAAAUUCAGCACAUUUAAUGACGGAUGUACACUAACCCAAAAUAAUGCCAACGGGUUUCCAACCACUCGUAUCCAUCGGAAGGCGCUCUAUGUGCUUUUGGAAAAGGGACAUGGUGUCAAAAUUCCAAUAGAUUCUAAUGCGGAGGCUAUUAUGGUGCGGUCGGUGAAAGAGUCCGAGCUGAGGCGAUCUCUGCAGAGAGCUCGUCAAAUUUGUAGUUCCGAGUUUCAAGUGGAGAAUAGAACAUCGUUCCUUGAGUCUUGGAACGCGUCGAAUUGGCCGCAAUGUGUGUCACGAAUGAUUGAACUUUCAAAUUCGAUUGUUGCUCUCAUGAAUCUCUACAACUCGUCAGUAGCUAUUUGCUUAGAAGCGGGACGAUCGAUCACAACCAUACUCUCGUCACUCUCUCAACUCUUGUCGGACCCCUAUUACCGAACAUGUGACGGAUUUCAAGUGUUGGUCGAGAAGGAAUGGCUAGCGUUUGGUCAUUACUUUCAUAAGGACACCGAGACGAGCUCGCCCUCUUUUAUAUGUUUUUUGGAUUGCGUGUAUCAGAUUUCUCAACAAUACCCAACUGCAUUUGAGUUCUCCUACUUUUACAUCAGCUUUUUGGCAUACCACUCUACUGCUGGCUAUUUCCGAACAUUUAUCGAUGAUUGUGAAGAGAAACGGCUACAGUCCGAUGCAAAUGAGUUUUACCUUCCGGAUAAUCUUGCCACCAUCAAUGUCUGGGAAUUUAUCAAGCUACGCAAUCGUGUCAGUGCCGCAUUCUAUAAUGAGUUGUACGAACAAAUCGGCGAUAUUGUGAUUCCAUCGAGCUCUAUACCCCAGAUUCAUAUGUGGCCAUUUUUGGCAGAAACACAUUUGAAAUAUGGAUCCCCGUAUGAUAUUGAACCGGCUUCGCAUGAACAGCAGCUAGUUGACCCGGAUUAUGAAGAAGAAGAAGACUGGUCGAAAUUGAACAAUACUGAUAUUGAUGAGCGACACUUGAACAGACGCGUCAGAUCACCGGAACGAGAUCCUGCUAACAUGGACAUGAUCCGACUGUUGCAGAAAAGUUAUUUAACUGAAUUAUUUGAUGCAUCAGAUAGAAAAACUACGACAAACGGAGAAUCUAAUGGAAAGGAAACUAUUCAUGAACUGACGCCAUUCACAGUAGGAGCAAGGCCGGUUCAAUGUUGCUAUUGUACAAAUAUAUUAACAAGAUGGAGUAAAGCUGUUCACUGCAAGAAAUGCCGCAUUCACGUUCACGAAGGGUGUGUGAAUCGUAACAUUACAAUAGGUAACAUCACGCAUACCUGGGAUGCAAAGCCAUUUGAAGACAUUAAGAUGCCCUCAGGAGCUAUUCAAAUAGGCACCCCACAAGCUGAAAAAAUGCUCCACAGCCCAAAUAAUACGUUGACUCGUGAAUCAAUGUCUCCACCAACUGCGAACACAAUUCCUCCACUUUGCACUGGAUACUUGAGCAAGCGAGGAGCCAAACUUAAACUUUGGGUGCCACGAUUUUUUGUUUUGUACCCGGAUUCUCCGAAAGUCUAUUACUACGAGGACUUUGAGAACUGGAAAACUGCUGAGAAGCCAUCAGGAUGUAUAGAUCUGGUGGACUUUAAAAGUUUUAAUUUAGAACAAACUGGCCGGAGAGGUUUGAUUGAGCUUCAUAUGAAAAACAAGACGCAUCGACUACUCUCUGAAAAUAUCAAUGAAGCAAUUAGAUGGAAAGAAUGCAUUGAACAAGUUAUUCGUGAUUAGCUUCCUGUUGUUAAAGCAUAUAUUUUUGUUUUCAUCUUUAUCCAAUUUUUGAGAAAUGUUCCUUAUCAAUUAUUUCCAACUCGGUGUACAACUAGCGUAAAUCUACUCAAACUCAGUACAUUUGCUAAAUAUGAUUUUCUAGUCUAUUAUCAUUUCUAAAUCCAGAUUCUUUGCUGCCAUCGCAUUUUGAUUAUGUAUUGUAUUUUUUUCUCAAACUACAACAACGGGUGUAUUACAACCAGUUAAACGGAUUGCUGUGCAAAAGAUAAAAUAAAUUAUUGCCAUUUG